AAACAUGUAGUAUGGAUUGUCUACACAAUUUUUCAUAGUCGAAACUCAGACAGUAGUCACUGAAACAUGGGAAAACUCGAUUUAGAAACACAAAAGGAUGAUACAUUAACAAGCAAACCAGAAGGAAAUGAAAAAAUAGAGAAGGAUGAUGUAUCAUCAACCAAACCUGAAGAAAGUGGGAAACCUGCAACUCCAUCUGGGUCAUUACGGUCGAUUUUGAGAUACUCGGACUGGAAGGACAUGGUGUUGAUGACACUGGGGACGUUUGGCUGUGUUGCAGACGGAUUAACCAUGUCAGCUAUGAUGCUGGUUAUCAGCAAACUGAUGAAUGCUUACGCCGUUACAUCUCUCUCCCUUGCAGACAUAGAUAAGUACGCAUUGGCCUUACUCUAUGUAGCACUUGGCAUAGGUGCGGGUUCAUUUCUAGAAGGAUUUUGUUGGGCACGCACCGCAGAAAGGCAAACUUCUAGACUGCGCAGGAAAUAUUUACAAGCAGUUCUGCGGCAAGAUGUUGGAUUCUUCGAGAGAACUCAUGGCGCAUCCAUGACCUCCCAAGUAGUCUCAAGUAUUUCAACAGACAUUCUUGUCAUACAAGGAGUUCUCAGUGAGAAGCUUCCAAAUUUCAUCAUGAAUAUAGCAAUGUUCAUCACAUCUCAAAUGACUGCUCUGUACCUCUGUUGGAGACUGGCUAUUGUUGCCAUUCCUGCACUUUCCAUGUUGAUUAUUCCAGGAAUAGUAUAUGGAAAGCUGUUAUCAGGGCUUGGAGAGAAGAUACAAGAAGCUUAUUCUGUUGCUGGAGGAAUUGUGGAGCAGGCAAUAUCAUCAAUCAGGACUGUUUAUUCUUAUGUUGGAGAGGAAAGAACAGUGAAAAGCUAUUCAGUUGCACUGGAACCGAUUUUAAAGCUAGGGAUCAAACAAGGACUGAUGAAGGGAAUGGCCAUUGGCAGCAUAGGAGUUACAUAUGCCGUUUGGGCACUACAGGGGUGGUAUGGGAGCAUUUUGGUCACUGACAAAGGAGUUAAAGGUGGCAAUGUUUUCACUACAGGAGUGUGCAUAAUAUACGGAGGACUUGCUCUUGGCAGUUCUUUCCUCAAUGUGAAGCACUUUACUGAAGCAAAUGCAGCAGCUGCACUUAUUUUAGAAAUGAUUGAGCGUGUACCAAGCAUAGAUUCUGCAGAUCAACAAGGCAAAACCAUCACCGAAGUCAAAGGUGAAUUGGUGUUUGAGGAAAUUGAUUUUGCAUAUCCAUCACGGCCAGGAAACUUAGUAUUAAGAAAAUUCAAUCUUAAAGUGGUUGCUUGCCAGACUGUUGGAUUGGUGGGUAGCAGUGGUUCAGGUAAAUCUACUGUGAUUAAUUUGCUCCAAAGAUUCUAUGAUCCUCUUGGGGGAGAGAUACUGUUGGAUGGGAUUGGCAUAAAAAGCCUUCAGCUAAAAUGGUUACGAAGCCAGAUGGGUCUAGUUGCCCAAGAGCCUAUACUUUUUGCAACCACAGUCAAAGAGAAUAUUCUAUUUGGAAAAGAGGAGGCCUCACAGGAGGAGAUAGUUCAAGCAGCUAAAGCUGCCAAUGCACAUAACUUCAUUUCACAACUACCCAAUGGAUAUGACACCCUGGUAGGACAAUUGGGUAUUCAGAUGUCUGAAGGGCAGAAACAAAGGAUUUCCAUUGCAAGGGCAUUGCUAAGAGAUCCAAGAAUCCUGCUGCUUGAUGAAGCCACUAGUGCAUUGGAUUCCCAGUCUGAAAAGGCUGUCCAGGAUGCUUUCAAUCAGGCAUCAUUAGGAAGAACCACUAUAAUUGUUGCACAUCGCCUGUCUGCACUGCGUAAUGCUGACUUGAUUGCUGUUAUUCAAUCUGGAGAAGUAGUGGAAGCUGGUUCCCAUGACCAACUUAUACAAAACAGGCACGGGCCAUACUCAGCAAUGGUGCAGCUGCAGAAAACAACAUUCAUGAAAGAUGAAAUCAUAUCAGAGCCUAAAGGAAAUGAAAGUCACAAUUCCACCUCCACCACUGAAGAAGCUGCCCCCACUGCAGAAAUAGCAAACAAAUUGAGUCCUCAGUUACCUAGUCAUCAGACAAACAGCAACCAACAGUCAGAAGAUCAUUACAGCCCCCCAUCUAUAUGGCAACUGAUGUGGAUGACAACACCAGAGUGGAAGCCAACCCUAGUCGGUUGCAUUGGUGCUCUUAUCUUUGGAUUAGUUCAGCCAAUGAGCUCUUUCUGCAUGGGUGCACUUCUAGCUGUUUACUUCAUCAAUGACCAUGAUGAGAUUAGAUCACAAACAAAAAUGUACUGUUUUGCCUUCUUAGCCUUUGCUAUCUUUGCUUUCAUCACCAAUGUCAUUCAGCAUUACCACUUUGGUGUUAUGGGAGAGAACCUAACAAGAAGGGUCAGGGAGGCAAGCCUCACAAAGAUCUUGACAUUUGAGAUCGAAUGGUUUGAUCAAGAACACAACAGCACUGGGGCUCUCUGUUCGAGAUUAUCUGUGGAUUCGACCAUGGCAAGAACUCUUGUUGCUGAUCGGUUGUCACUGUUGACUCAAGCCAUCUCUGCUGCAGCUUUAGCAGUUAUUUUGGGUAUGGUUUUAGCUUGGAAACUUGCCAUUGUAGUUACCGCUUUACAACCAUUCAUCAUAGGUGCUUUUUAUACUAGAGCAGUAAUGAUGAGGAGUAUGUCCAAGAAAAUCUUGAAAGCGCAGAAUAAGAGCAGUGAAUUAGCAAGUGAGGCUGUUGGGAACCACAGAAUCAUUACUGCAUUCUAUUCUCAGGAAAAGGUUUUGUCACUUUUUGAGGUUACACAGAAAGAUCCCAAGAAUGAGAGCCUUAAACAAUCUUGGUAUGCUGGGCUUGGGCUAUUUACCUCACAGUUCCUCACUUCUGGUAGUGCAGGACUAAUUUUCUGGUAUGGAGGGAGGCUGCUAUACAAUAAAGAAAUUUCAUAUAAGCACCUGUUUCAGACAUUUUUCAUCCUGGUGGCAACAGGGAGACUUAUUGCAGAAACGGGGAGCAUGACUGCUGAUUUAUCAAAGGGCACAAAUGCAUUAAAGUCAGUUUUUAUGACUCUAGAAAGAAAGAGCAAAAUGGACCCAGAUGAAAUCAAAGGGAUAAAACCAGAAAAGCUUAUUGGAGAUAUCGAAUUUAAAGAGGUGGAUUUCUUUUAUCCAACAAGACCAAAACAGAUGAUAUUGAUGGGUGUAAGCCUAAAGGUUGAUGCUGGAAAAGUAGUGGCAUUAGUUGGCCAAAGUGGAUCUGGAAAAUCUACUGUCAUCAGAAUGAUUGAGAGAUUCUAUGACCCAUCAAAAGGAUCUAUUGAAGUUGAUGGAAUUGACAUCAAACACUACAAUCUAAGAGCUUUAAGGUUACAUAUUGCAUUGGUAAGUCAGGAGCCCACUCUAUUUGCAGGAACCAUCCAGGAAAACAUUGCAUAUGCGAAAGAGAAUGCAAGUGAAGCUGAGAUUAUUGAAGCGGCCACUGUAGCAAAUGCCCAUGAAUUUAUAAGUUCCAUGAAGGAUGGUUAUGCAACCUAUUGUGGGGAAAGAGGUGUGCAACUAUCAGGAGGGCAAAAGCAGAGAUUAGCUCUUGCUCGAGCAAUCUUGAAAAAUCCUGCAAUAUUGCUUUUAGAUGAGGCAACGAGUGCAUUGGAUGUCAAAUUGGAGAGCCUUGUUCAAGAUGCACUGGAGAAGACCAUGGUUGGUCGGACAUGCCUGGUUGUAGCUCAUCGACUGUCCACAAUUCAAAAAUCAGAUAAAAUAUCAGUGAUUGAUGAUGGGAAGAUUGUGGAAGAGGGGUCGCAUGGUGAGCUACUUGCAAAGGGAGAAAAAGGUGCAUAUUUUUCACUUGUAAAACUCCAACAGCAUGCCACCAUGGAGAAGAGAGAGCUCAAUUUAAUUGGUAGGAACAUCGAGCCAUCCAAGGAUGAAUGACUCCAUAACCACAAGCUAAGAAUUGCUUUUCACAAAUUUCAAGCAGGUAAGCUCGAUUACUUAAUUAAGAUCAAGACAAAACUAGGUCAAGUACAUGGGAUAUUAGCUCUUCUAGUUGCACAAUAUAGAUUUUUUGUUGGACUCCCUUUCGGUAGUUUUCAUCAAUGUGAUCUACAUCUUUUUGCUGCA